GCCUAGCUGGGAGGUUGAACUUGAGCUGGUUCGCAGUUUGAGUGAGUGGAUGACAGGUCACCCCUGACUGGGAAGGUUCUUCCAGCGAUUCAGGAUUGGGGGACCAUGCAGAGAGACGGGAGGGCAGAGCUGUGCUCGGGGCUGCUCCCCAGGACCUGAGCUGGGACCCAGCAUUUUCAGCUCUGCCGGGUCCUGCAUGACAUCAACGGUCCCCUCGGUGCUGAUGCUGCCGGGAGUUCCGAGCUGGGGCCAGUCCGGCGCCAGGCACAGACACUUCAGCCCUUGUUGGGAUAACAGAGAGAGGCUGUGUUGUCCAUUGCCCAUCCUCCGGCUCCAACUGUUGGUUCUCUCAAAGGCCUCUCCUCAGGCCGGCGCAGAGUCCCCCCAGGCCUAGCCAUCCUGGACUUCUGGAGCUGCCCUGGCUCACAGGGAUCUUGCUACCUUGGCUGUCCUUGAAAAACACUCAGCCUGGGAGGAGCCAUCCUGACCAUUCUCCUUCCUUCCCUCCUGAGAUGUUUGAUUGGAGAGGCUGGGUCCAGUGGGUAUCCUUUCCUGUCCCAGGCAGGGGUUGCUGCCAAAGCUCAGGCUGUGGCAGCACCCACCCUAUCACUGUUACAGAAUGGACUCUAGUGCCAGCCCGGCAGGGACUUCCAGUCCACAGCCUUCAAGGGCCAAUGGGAACAUCAACCUGGGGCCUUCAGCCAACCCAAAUGCCCGGCCCACCGACUUCGACUUCCUCAAAGUCAUUGGCAAAGGCAACUAUGGGAAGGUCCUCCUGGCCAAGCGCAAGUCCGACGGGAUGUUCUAUGCAGUGAAGGUGCUGCAGAAAAAGUUCAUCUUAAAGAAUAAAGAGCAGAACCACAUCAUGGCGGAGCGCAACGUGCUUCUGAAGAACGUGCGGCACCCCUUCCUCGUGGGCCUGCGCUACUCCUUCCAGACCCCCGAGAAACUCUACUUCGUGCUCGACUACGUCAAUGGAGGAGAGCUCUUCUUCCACCUGCAGCGGGAGCGCAGGUUCCUGGAGCCCCGCGCCCGGUUCUACGCUGCCGAGGUGGCCAGUGCCAUUGGCUACCUGCACUCCCUCAACAUCAUCUACAGGGACCUGAAACCAGAGAACAUUCUCUUGGACUGCCAGGGACACGUGGUCCUGACAGAUUUUGGCCUCUGCAAGGAAGGUGUAGAGCCGGAGGAGACCACAUCCACAUUCUGUGGCACCCCCGAGUACUUGGCUCCAGAAGUGCUUCGUAAAGAGCCUUAUGAUCGGGCGGUGGACUGGUGGUGUCUGGGCGCCGUCCUCUACGAGAUGCUGCAUGGCCUGCCACCCUUCUACAGCCGAGACAUCUCACAGAUGUAUGAGAACAUUCUGCACCAGCCACUACAGAUCCCUGUGGGCCGGACGGUGGCUGCCUGUGACCUCCUGCAAGCCCUUCUCCACAAGGACCAGAGGCAGCGGCUGGGCUCCAAGGCAGACUUUACUGAGAUCAAGAACCACGUAUUCUUCAGCCCCAUAAACUGGGAUGACUUGUACCACAAGAGGCUGACCCCACCCUUCAACCCAAACGUGGAAGGACCUGCUGACUUGAAACACUUUGACCCAGAGUUCACCCAGGAAGCCGUGUCAAAGUCCAUUGGCUGCACUCCCGACACUGUGGCCAGCAGCUCCGGGGCCUCAAGUGCAUUCCUGGGAUUUUCCUAUGUGCCGGAGGAUGAUGCCGUCUUGGAUUGCUAGGAGACAAGUAUCUGUGAAGCCACUGAAGACAGCUGGUACCCGGCAGUCCCCUGCCCCAGGAACUAUAGGGGAUGAAGCGGAAGACCUUGGAAAACACACCAAUGACACUGACACUGGAGACCAAAGCUGGUCAGCAGAGCUGUUGUCACCUGUUGGCCUGCACUGAGAAUUCUGAAAGUCUGAUUUGAUUCCUAUCUUAAUAGUGUCUGUUAGUUGACAAAUGUGGAACAUGAGGGAGGGGCCCAAAUUCCCCCAAUUCCCCAGAGCAAAAUUCAAGAUUCUAAUUGUCCAAAACGUGCUGGCACUGCCAAAUGUACACAAUCUGCUAUGGACUAGGAAACCCAUAAUGACUCUCUCUGUUCUAAGACUAUAAGAUCACAAAACUUUCAGGAUAGAAAAUAAAAAUGAAGAAAAACUAUGAUA